AUGGAGGGUGAUCAUGAUGAGUUGUGGAGGGUGAUCAGGGCUUGGUUAGUGUUCAUCUUGUUGUUGGGAGUGUGUCUUGAUCUGUCAGAACAGACUCGUCAAAGACCCUCCGGAUAUAAACCCAGACCAAGACCUCAAAUCCGCCCUCCGAAGAGACCCCAGAGACCACAAAAAGGAAGACCGCGUCCUCAUAAGCCCGGACCAAGUUAUGGUCCACCACCAAAGGCUCCAGCUCCCAGUUAUGGUCCACCAAAGGCUCCAGCUGCCAGCUAUGGUCCGCCAAAGGCUCCAGCUUCCAGCUAUGGUCCGCCAAAGGCUCCAGCUUCCAGCUAUGGUCCGCCAAAGGCUCCAGCUUCCAGCUAUGGUCCGCCAAAGGCUCCAGCUUCCAGCUAUGGUCCACCAAAGGCUCCGGCUUCCAGCUAUGGUCCGCCAAAGGCUCCAGCUUCCAGCUAUGGACCGCCAAAGGCUCCAGCUUCCAGCUAUGGUCCACCAAAGGCUCCAGCUUCCAGCUAUGGUCCUCAAAAAGCUCCAGCUUCUAGCUAUGGUCCACCAAAGGCUCCAGCCUCUAGCUAUGGUCCACCAAAAGCUCCAGCUCCCAGCUAUGGUCCACCACCAAAAGCUCCAGCUCCCAGCUAUGGCCCACCACCAAAAGCUCCAGCUCCCAGCUAUGGCCCACCACCAAAAGAUGUAGCUCCCAGCUAUGGUCCACCACCACAAGCUCCAGCUCCCAGCUAUGGCCCACCACCAAAAGCUCCAGCACCCAGUUAUGGUCCACCAAAGGCCCCAGCUUCAGGUUAUGGUCCACCAAAGGCCCCUAGCUCAGGUUAUGGACCCCCUCCAAAGGCUCCGAGCCCCAGCUAUGGCACUCCACCAAAGGCACCAGUCUCGAGCUAUGGCCCACCCCCGUCAGCUCCACAGGCUCCUAGCACUAGUUAUGGACAGCCAGAAAAACCAUCGUCAGAUUAUGGUCCUCCAAAGACGUCGAGUAUUGUUGAAGAGUCUUCUAGUGGCUAUGGUGAAUCUUCAGGUGACUCCAGUAGGGCAUAUGGCGGGUCUUCAGGAGCUUCCAGUAGUGGCUAUGGCGGGUCUUCAGGAGCUUCCAGUAGUGGUUAUGGAGGAUCUUCGGGAGCUUCCAAUAGUGGUUAUGGAGGAUCUUCGGGAGCUUCCAGCAGCAACAGCUAUGAACCUCCAUCCAAUAGCAUCGAUAGUUUGUAUGGCCCUCCGAAAGGCGAUGCAACAUAUGAACCAAUAUUCCCUCCCUUCCCUUCCUUCGAUGAAUUUGCUGGUUCAUAUGGAGCCACUCCUUUUCCCUCGUCACCUUCGUUCUCGUCUGCACCUUCUCCUGCCCCAGCGCCAUCUUACUCUGCCCCUGCCCCCUCAUACUCUGCCCCUGCCCCAGCACCAUCUUACUCUGCCCCAACACCCUCAUACUCUGCCCCUGCCCCAGCACAAUCUUACUCUGCCCCUGCCCCAGCACCACCUUACUCUGCCCCAGCACCCUCAUACUCUGCCCCUGCCCCAGCACCUUCUUACUCUGCCCCUGCCCCUGCCCCAGCACCCUCAUUCUGCCCCUGCCCCACACCCUCUUACUCUGCCCCUGCCCCAGCACCCACAUACUCUGCCCCUGCCCCAGCACCCUCAUACUCUGCCCCUGCCCCAGCACCUCUUACUCUGCCCCUGCCAGCACCCUCAUACUCUGCCCCUGCCCCAGCACCCUCAUACUCUGCCCCUGCCCCAGCACCUUCUUACUCUGCCCCUCCUGCCCCAGCACCCUCAUACUCUGCUCCUGCCCCAGCACCCUCAUACCCUGCCCCUGCCUCAGCACCCUCAUACUCUGCCCCUGCCCCAGCACCCUCAUACUCUGCCCCUGCCCCAGCACCCUCAUACUCUGCCCCUGCCCCAGCACCCUCAUACUCUGCCCCUGCCCCAGCACCCUCAUACUCUGCUCCUGCCCCAGCACCCUCAUACUCUGCUCCUGCCCCAUCACCCUCAUACUCUGCCCCUGCCCCAGCACCCUCAUACUCUGUCCCUGCCCCAGCACCCUCACACUCUGCCCCUGCCCCAGCACUCCUUUACACCUCACCCACCCCUGGAUCUAUUGAUCCAAGCUACAAACCACCUGUCUCAUCACCGUUGCCUCUGGAUACUGAAGCAGCAAUUCCUGUUGAUGCGUAUGGAACAGUACCUGUGCCAGCUGCACCAUCGCAGAGUUAUGAUGCUCCACCUGCACCAGCUCCAGCACAAAGCUAUGGUGCUCCACCUGCACCAGCUCCAGCACAAAGCUAUGGGGCUCCACCUGCACCAGUACAAAGCUAUGGGGCUCCACCCGCACCAACACAAAGCUAUGGGGCUCCACCUGCACCAGCUCCAGCACAAAGCUAUGGUGCUCCACCUGCACCAGCUCCAGCACAAAGCUAUGGUGAUCCACCUGCACCAGCUCCAGCACAAAGCUAUGGUGCUCCACCUGCACCAGCUCCAGCACAAAGCUAUGGUGCUCCAUCUGCACCAGCUCCAGCACAAAGCUAUGGUGCUCCACCUGCACCAGCUCCAGCACAAAGCUAUGGGCUCCACCGCACAGCUCCAGCACAACUAUGGCCAGCACAAAACUAUGGGGCUCCACCUGCACCAACACGAAGCUAUGGGGCUCCACCUGCACCAACACAAAGCUAUGGGGCUCCACCUGCACCAGCUCCAGCACAAAGCUAUGGGGCUCCACCUGCACCAGCUCCAGCACAAAGCUAUGGGGCUCCAUCUGCACCAGCUCCAGCACAAAACUAUGGGGCUCCACCUGCACCAGCACAAAGCUAUGGGGCUCCACCAGCACCAGCACAAAGCUAUGGGGUUCCACCUGCACCAGCUCCAGCACAAAACUAUGGAGCUCCACCUGCACCAGCAGAAAGCUAUGGGGCUCCACCUGUACCAACUCCAGCACAAAGCUAUGGUGCUCCACCUGCACCAGCUCCAUCACAAAGCUAUGGUAGUCCCCCAACACCAGCUACCAGCUACGGAGUACCUUCAGGUAGCGCUGGUAAUCCUCCACCAGAGACCAGUACCUACGACUCGCUCUUCAAUGAAGACUUUAACUUCCCAUCUUUCGCUGAUCUUUUCGCUGACGACGAGUGGGGUGAUAAGGUUUAA